UGUUCUCAGCUCUGCUCUCAAUUCCCAGCCCAUACAUCUUUCUCUCUCUCUCUCUCCCUCUGCAUACAUACAUAUUUUAUAUAGAUAUAGAUAUUCGCUUUUAGGACUUAGCCAGAAAGACCGACUAGAGAGUAGAAAUUGAAGGAAUUUCAGAUUUUAACUGCAAUUUAGGAUUGAUUGAUUGAUUAGAUGGCUGCCAGCGCCAACGCGUGCGGAAGCGGGCAAGAUUCAGCUAAUGCGAAUGGCGCCGCCACUAACGGUUGUUCGGUGCCGCAGGACACUUCCGCUACAGGAGCAACUCAGAACGCUUUGCGGCAUAAUCCUGGUCUCUCCGCCGAGUGGUCCACCGAGGAGCAGUCUCUCCUCGACGAAUUACUUAUCAAGUAUGCAUCAGAUCGUAACAUAACUAGAUAUGCAAAGAUAGCAAUGCAGUUAAAAGAGAAGACAGUUCGCGACGUGGCUCUGCGCUGCAGAUGGAUGACAAAGAAGGAAAAUGGAAAGCGACGGAAGGAAGACCAUGCACGGAAAAGCAAGGAAAAAAAGGAAAAGGUUACAGAUCCUUCGGCAAAAUCAACACCACACACCACAAAUCGUACAAAUGGUGCUCCAUAUGCACAGUCAAUUAUGCCAAUGGAUACAGAUGAUGGAAUCUCGUUCAAUGCCAUAGGUGGUGUGACUGGGCAGCUGCUUGAACAAAAUUCUCAGACCUUAGAGCAAAUUUCUGCAAAUUUUUCAUCUUUCAAGAUGCAUGACAACAUCAAUCUAUUUUGCCAAGCUCGAAACAGCAUCCUAAGCGUCUUGAACGACAUGAGUGAUAUGCCAGAAAUAAUGAGGCAUAUGCCCCCAUUACCAGUGAAGAUAAAUGAAGAACUUGCCAACUCCAUCCUUCCUAGACAGGCUUUGCAUAAGAGCUCAUAAUCGAGAUGAUCGUCAUCAUCAUUGCUCUAGCUUCUUCCUCUUCCUCCUCGGUUUUUACUUGUCUCAUGAUCUCGUUCCAACUUUUAAAUUCACUCAGUUUGGUAACUGUUGUUGUAGUGUAGUAGUCUUUAGCAAUAAAAAAGUGGCUAACUAGGUCAAGUUUCAAUCUUUCUCAGUUUAAAGUUUAAAAGGGUUAAGUGUUGAUUUUCCCAUUAUAUCCAUUUCAUGAUUAGUUUUUUAUUUUGUUUUAAAUUAUAUCACUCAGUUUUCCCC